AGCUAUGGCUGCGAUCAAGGUGGUCAACUCCAAGGCUGAGGUGGCCCGGGCCCAGGCGGCCUUGGCUGUGAACAUAUGCGCCGCCCGAGGCCUGCAGGAUGUGCUGAGGACCAACUUAGGUCCAAAGGGCACCAUGAAAAUGCUUGUUUCUGGUGCUGGUGACAUCAAGCUCACAAAAGAUGGCAAUGUGCUGCUGCAUGAGAUGCAAAUUCAACAUCCAACAGCUUCCUUGAUUGCAAAGGUAGCAACUGCCCAAGAUGACAUUACAGGAGAUGGUACCACUUCAAAUGUUCUAAUUAUUGGAGAGUUACUAAAACAAGCUGAUCUUUACAUUUCUGAGGGUCUGCACCCUAGAAUAAUAACUGAAGGAUUUGAAGCUGCAAAGACAAAAGCACUUGAAGUUUUGGAGGCAGUUAAAGUAAAAAAGGAAAUGAAAAGAGAAAUCCUCUUAGAUGUAGCUAGAACAUCUCUGCGAACCAAAGUUCAUGCGGAAUUGGCUGAUGUGUUAGUAGAGGCUGUGGUGGAUUCUGUUCUGGCUAUUAGAAGACCAGGUUAUCCUAUUGAUCUCUUCAUGGUGGAAAUCAUAGAGAUGAAGCAUAAAUCAGAAACAGAUACACAGUUGAUCCGGGGAUUAGUUUUGGAUCAUGGUGCCCGUCAUCCAGAUAUGAAGAAGCGGGUUGAAGAUGCGUUUAUCCUUACCUGCAACGUGUCACUAGAGUAUGAAAAAACAGAGGUGGCCUCUGGUUUCUUUUAUAAGACUGCAGAAGAGAAAGAGAAAUUGGUAAAAGCUGAAAGAAAAUUUAUUGAAGAUAGAGUACAAAAAAUAAUAGACCUGAAAGACAAAGUCUGUUCUGGCUCCAGUAAGGAAUUUGUUGUCAUUAAUCAAAAGGGCAUUGAUCCAUUUUCCUUAGAUACUCUUGCAAAACAUGGAAUAGUAGCUCUUCGAAGGGCAAAAAGAAGGAAUAUGGAAAGACUCACUCUUGCUUGUGGUGGAAUGGCUGUGAAUUCUCUCGCGGACCUUGAUAUAGAUUGUUUGGGACAUGCCGGCCUUGUAUUUGAGUGUAUAUUAGGUGAAGAAAAGUUCACCUUUAUAGAGGAUUGCAUUAACCCUCGCUCUGUCACUUUGUUGAUCAGGGGACCAAAUAAACAUACUCUCACACUAAUCAAGGAUGCCAUAAGAGAUGGACUUCGUGCUGUCAAAAAUGCCAUAGAAGAUGGCUGUGUAGUUCCAGGGGCCGGUGCAGUUGAAGUGGCAAUAGCUGAUGCUCUUGUUAAUUUCAAGCCCAGUGUAAAAGGAAGAGCUCGCCUUGGAGUCCAGGCUUUUGCUGAUGCCUUACUCAUUAUUCCCAAGGUUCUUGCUCAGAAUUCUGGUUUUGACCUGCAGGAAACACUAGUAAAAGUUCAGACUGAGUAUUCAGAAUCAAAGCAACUUGUUGGUAUAGAUUUGAAUACAGGGGAACCAAUAGUAGCAGCAGAGGCAGGAAUUUGGGAUAAUUAUUGUGUGAAAAAACAACUUCUUCACUCUUGUAAUUGCCACCAACAUUCUCCUGGUUGAUGAAAUUAUGCGAGCUGGGAUGACCUCACUCAGAGGGUGACUGAAUUCAGAUCAAAAUCAGCUCUUCUGGAAACAAGAGUCAGUCCACCUUCUAUCCAGUCGCCGUUGGAUAGCCUGAGCCAGUCUUAAGUUUUUCAAAAUAAAGUCAGUUUAUAUCUUUUGAUCUCAACCAUCUCAAAAAUAUUUCAUCAAGGUAUAAGGGACACAAUAAAUACUUGCUGGAUAAAGGAAUAAUGAUGGAAAUAGUUUUCCUUAAGUCUGAAGUCUUCUGUAUCAUAUGCUAUUGCCGUUUUCAUAAAAUAAAUUCUGUUAUGAUUCUUAGGCCUUCUAGGAAACUUUUAGUUAAUCAAAUAUGGAGGGCAGGUUUUAGAGCACCCAAGUCAAUUUGCUGUUUUUCAGAGGGUAUUAAUAAGACAAAAGGUUUUCUUUCUCACAAGUCCUCAAGUGACCUCUUGCUGCCACUCUUUCCCCUUAGAAAUGUGGCAUUUUACGAAUAUAGCUUUGGGUGUAUUGAUGUACAGUAUUUGGUUAUUUAGUAUAUAGUUUAUUAUAUUUUACCUGGCUUGUUGGCGUAUGUGAGUUUGUAUGCGAUCCAGAACUCUGGCUACAGUGCUAGCUCUGAUAGCUCUCUCAGUGGAGAGGUAGAGAUAAGUAGCAUCAGUUCUAGCAUAUACAGAUAUUCCUUGUUUAAUGAUCUACCUGUUUAGCAAGUGCUUAGAUUUAUGACUGAGGCAUGCUUUUUGGGGUUAUGACCUUUUC